AUGUUAUUAAGAUACGUGAGCCCGGUGUUUAUUUACAGAAAAUUUUUACAGAACAAUCUACCAAUAUUAGUUGCUACUGUUAAUUAUCCUAAUAAUUCAAUACAAGUAGCACAUAUAAAUAAGCAUUGGAAUCCAAAAUGGAAGAAGGAAAGGAGACAAAAAGUCAUUAAAAUAGAACUUCCUAAAUUUGAUGAUGAUAAUGACGAUCCUACUAAAAUGAACAAAGAGCAAAUGCGAUCGCGUAUGAAAGAACAUGGUUUUCUACCACAGAAACCUUGGAAAGAAAGACCAGCAUUUAUUAACAGUACUUCAGCAAUUUUUGAAUCUUAUAUUGUUCCAGAAGGAGAUGGAAAAUAUUCUGCCAUUACCAAAGAAGGAGCAAAACAAAAAUUCACAUUUGUUGAAAAAAAGGGCAAAUCUUUAAUAGCCAUCAGAAAAAUUAAAUCAUUUGAUGAUUCCUUUAAGACAUCAAUAUUUUUAGAAGAAGCCCUAGAUAUAUAUCAGAAAGCUCAUGAAGCUUUAGCUAGCAAAAAUGAAGAAGAAAUAAUAAAAUAUGUUACAGAAUUGGUAUAUCCUAAAAUAACACACAAUAUAAUGAACAAAACCAUACACUGGAAAUUCUUAGAAUCUUUGGAACCAGCUCGACUCGUCCACGCAAGGAAUACAGAUGUAAUAACAAAAGAAAACGUUUUUGCACAACUUACUGUUCGGUUUCACACGCAACAGGUUUUAGCAAUUUAUGAUAGAUUCGGUCGUCUUAUACAAGGAAGCGAAAUUCUGAGGAAAGACGUAUUAGAAUACAUAGUAUUCGAAAAGCAUUUAGCUAAUGAAUAUGGUGUAUGGCGAAUUCAUGGUAAAAUUAUACCAUCUUGGAUGACUCCGACAGAUAUAGCGGAAGGCACAUAUGUUCUACCGAAAGAGGAGGAACAUGAUCCUGAACCAACCGAACCGCAUCCUGUAGAAGCUACAUUAACAAAAGACACGCCAAAGAAUGCAGCAAGCGUACAACCUUCGUGAAUUUGCAAUAGAUAUGUAAACUAUUUUAAGUUAUGCUUAUAUUAUACUGUAUGAUGUUAGGAUACAAAAUAUAUUGCAAUUCAUGUAAUCAUUUAAAGUGCAUUUAUAUU